AUGACUCCCGCUCAGACUAAUGGCACGUCGCCGGCCGUGCCCGGGCUUGACAAGUUCGGCCCGCAUACCAAAGUGGCAGUCAUUGGUGCUGGAGUUAGCGGAAUCACAACAGCAGCGUAUUUGCUGAAGAACGGCAUCGAUGUGACUGUCUUUGAACGAUCUGGACUUACGUCUGGAGUUUGGCACUACGAUUCAAAAGCGCCCAACAGCCCGACCUAUCCGAGUGUGUCACCUUCCGCCGGCGAUUACGAGGUAUCCAAGGCUGGUCAAUUUUUGCCGGCAAAAGUGCCCGCAGCUUCUCAAAACGGGAACCACGUUCACCCACUCAACAGCGAUGAUUCUGAGGCACUGCGGAUUGCCUUUUCACCUCCCGGUCCAGCCUACGCUGGGUUAAGGAACAACGUACCGACAAGUUUGUUGUAUAGCAGCCUUGGACCCUGGCCACAAGGAACGGAAGAUAUCACUGGACACGAUCAGAUUGAAAGCUACCUCCAGGGUCUCAGUGCUGAGCAUGGCGUUGACGAUGUGACCAUCUUCCACACCCGUGUUGAUGACGCGAAGAAGUCGGAUGACGGUGGUCAAUGGAUCCUCAGAACAGCGACAUUACUCAAAGGGAACGGGAGCCCGCGGCUUUUGGAAAGGACUUGGCAAUUCGAUGCGCUCGUUGUCGCAUCUGGCCACUACAACUUGCCCCGAAUCCCUGACACUCCUGGGCUGGCUGAGUGGAAGGCUCUUUAUGGCGACCGCAUUAUUCACACCAAAGAGUAUCGUCAUCCUGAAGCAUACCGAGACAAAACGGUCCUCGUUAUUGGUGGCGGCGCAUCAGCAAUGGAUGUGUGUCGUGAGUCAACCGCAGUCGCGAAGAGGGUGCUGCAGAGCACGAGAGGCGGCGAGUUUGACUUGCCAAAGUCCAUGUUACCUCCAUCGAUUGAACACCUGGGGGGCAUUGAAAGAUUUGAACUUGACCCCAAGACUACGAAAGCCACUGAACUAGACCCGGCAGCUCCCAUCCGAGGCAGUAUUGUCUUGAACGAUGGCCAAGUUAUCAAGGAUAUUGAUUACGUGGUCUUGGCAACGGGCUAUUUGACCUCAUAUCCUUUCUUGCGACAGUAUCACGCAGAUGACCUUCAUAUCGACUCAGUGACACCUGGGGUUCUCGUGACGUCGGAAGGAAACAUGGUACAUCACUUGCACAAGGACAUCUUUUACAUUGAGGAUCCAUCUUUGGCAUUUAUCGGAGUUCCUUACUACACGGCAACAUUUUCCCUGUUUGACUUCCAAGCGCAAGCACUGGCUCGAGCAUUCUCAGGGAAGACGAGAUUGCCAAGUCGGGAGUCAAUGAGGGAGGAUUACGAGAAACGGGUUGCCAGCACUGGACGAGGACGUGGAUUCCACAGCUUGGCUGUAGACGGAGCCGAGCCCGCGUACAUCAAGGAUCUUUUUGCCUGGGCUAAUGGUAGCCUUGUGGAUGAUGCGACUGAGCCAUUAAAGGGACAUACGGACCAAUGGUUGGAAACGUACUGGGAGGCAAGGGAGAAGAGAAGGCAACUGAGGGAAAGUACGAGCAAUCACCCCGAAGCGAACUGGCCGUGAUCUAGAGUUUUCAGUAAUGUUUCUUAUUAUUAUGUAUGAGAGAGGUUGGUG